AUGGAACUUCGCGCACGAGCCAUGAUCUUCUGGCCUGGCAUCACUGCCGAUAUUCACAAAAUCCGUGCGAAAUGCUAUGAGUGCAACAAGAAUGCUCCUUCCCAAGCGCCUCUUCCGUCCACGCCGGCAACACCACCAUCCACACCGUUUGAAGCUGUGUUUGCAGAUUUCCUUAAUUUUGGUGGGCACCAUUACCUCGUGGUGGGAGACCGCCUCUCUGGAUGGGUCGAGAUUUUUUCGUCCCCGGUGGGAUCGCCACGGGCAGGAGCUAUGGGCCUCAUUGCAAGUCUUCGCACAUUCUUUGCGACAUUUGGAGUGCCGGAGGAGUUAUUCAGCGACGGAGGGCCGGAAUUCACCGCCAGCGCCACUCGUGACUUCCUCUACCACUGGGGCAUCAGCCACCGAGUCUCAUCCGCUCACCACCCUCAGUUGAAUGGGCGGGCGGAAGUGGCCGUGAAGUCAGCAAAGCGUCUCCUACGGUCAAAUGUUGGUCCGACAGGCGUGUUAGACAAUGACAGGUUGCUACGUGCGCUGCUGCAGCUCUGCACCAGUCAGAUUUGGGAAACAGCUGCGUGA